AUGAACCAACCUUCAUUCUUUUUGCACUCAACUGUACCAGUCUUUAUGCUUACUUUGCCAGUCUUUGGUUCCCCAUUCCUUUAUAUACGAAAACUUUAUUUCCUCUCACCUCAGUCGUCAUUACACUUUGUGUCUGACUCUGAGUUCCUCUCCACUUCCGACAUUGCUCUAUCAAAGAAUGCAUUGAUUGGGUGUUUCACUGCCACGGCAGACCCUGACUUCCCCUUUUGCUUCUUCCCCACACCAGAUUCCUCAACAAUCUCAAUGUCACCGUCCUCAUCUGAUGAGACAGCCUUCUCAAUCCCUGCUUUCAACAUCAGCAAGCGCCUGGCUUCUCUGCGCACAUCCAGAGGCACAUGCUUGCAGUUGCCUUGCCCAUCGGUCUUUGCUAGAUGGGAAAGGCAGCAAUUUUCGUUUCGCCAGCCGGCGAUCGCCAGCUGGCGAAACUGGCGUGGCGAGCUGGCGAGCUCAAGAGGUGUCAGAUCCACUGAUCCUGGCCGUCAGAUCCACCGAUCCUGGCCGUCAGAUCCAUUCAUGACAAAGCACAAGCGGUGA